GUUCUGUGUACGUGCACCGCCAUCUUUAAUUUACCGGCAGCAUGGCGGAUGCUGCUGCCCGUCAGCUUCAAUAUGAAUACAAAGCGAACUCUAAUCUUGUACUUCAAGUCGAUCGGUCGCUCAUUGACCGGCGUGCCAGAGAUGAGGCCACAGGAGAAGUCAUGUCCCUGGUGGGCAAACUGGUGGGAACUAAGAUGGGAGAUAAAUCCAUGAGAACAAAACCACCACAGAUGGAAGAAAGGAAGGCAAAGCGGCGAAAGCGUGAUGAAGCUCAGCGGGACAUGUUGAAGAUGAAGGGUCAGUCCCUGCUGUCUGAGGGGAUAGAUGAGAUGGUGGGCAUCCUGUACAGACCCAAGACACCAGAGACCAGGCAGACUUAUGAAGUUCUGCUCAGUAUUAUGCAGAGUGCACUUGGAGAUCAGCCGAGAGAUGUAUUGUGUGGUGCUGCCGAUGAAGUCUUGGCGGUAUUGAAGAAUGACAGAAUGAAGGACAAAGAGAGGAAGAAAGAAGUGGAGGCUCUGCUAGGGGAAAUGCAGGAGGAAAGGUUUGCUCUGCUGGUGAAUCUUGGGAAGAAGAUCAGUGACUGGGGCAGUGAAGAGAAGAUGCAGACAGAUGACAGCAUGGAAACAUUUGGUGUCAAUGUCCAGUUUGAUGAGUCUGAGGAGGAGGAUGAGGAGGAUGCUUUUGGUGAGGCACGAGGAGAGAGUGAGGAUGAAGAUGACGAAGGAGUUGAGGCACACGUGGAUGCUACACUGGUUUCAAGUCUCUCUGUGGAAGGUGGUGCCAAGGCAGAGAAGGAGUUGCAUCCCAGAGAUAUAGAUGCCUUCUGGCUGCAGAGAAGUCUCAGGAAGUACUAUGAUGACCCAAUGGUGGCACAGGCCAAGGCUGGAGAAGUACUGGAAAUUCUAAAGAGUUCCUCUGAUGACCGUGAGGCUGAGAACCAGUUAGUGGUAUUGCUAGGCUUUAACCAGUUUGAUUUCAUCAAAGUUCUGAGACAGCAUAGACAAAUGAUCCUGUUCUGCACCAUGCUUGCUCAGGCCCAGAGCCAAGAGGAAAGAGCAAAAAUAGAGGAAAAGAUGAGCUCUGAUGCCAAUUUGUCAAAAAUUCUACACACCCUCCAGGAAACAGACAAAGAAGAUCUUGUCAGGGAGGAGAGAGAACGACGCCAAGCAAAAAGACAAACGAGGGUUGAUGCUGAUUUGGAGGCCAUGGAUACAGAUGAAAGACAGGAUGUUGGUAAUGUCCAGCUGCUUGACCUGGAGGACCUGGUGUUUGGUAUGGGCAGUCACCUGAUGGCCAAUAAGAGGUGCCAGCUGCCCGAUGGUUCCUUCAGAAAACAAAGGAAAGGUUAUGAAGAGGUCCAUGUGCCUGCCUUAAAGCCAAAACCUUACGAAAAUAAUGAGACCAGAGUUCCCAUUGAUCGCUUGCCCAAGUAUGCCCAGCCGGCAUUUGAAGGUUUCAAGAGUUUGAACAGAAUCCAGAGUAGGCUGUCCAAUGCUGCAUUGGAGUCGGAUGAGAACUUGCUUGUUUGUGCACCAACGGUAAAAUCAUAA